UCUUGUUCACCAUAGUUAUAGCAGCCCAUGAGAUGGGAGGUUUCAAAAAAUAUUUAUUUAUUGUUUGUGUAUAUGUAACUGUAUAUAAAGUAUCUGGAGAUGUAACACCAGCUUGUGAUGAUGGUUGGGUAGCUAAUGAUAUAUAUUGUUAUUACUUUAACAACGGAGACAACAGAACAUGGGGUCAUGCUAUUGACGAAUGCGAAGUUAAACAGUCACAGUUACUGAGGAUUGAGUCGGUCGAUGAGUUGAAUUUCCUUAAGACAACAUUUCAAGGAUAUCCCAGUUAUGAAUAUUGGACAUCGUUAAAUGAACUGCAGCCUGACGGGGACGGUGGAACUGGAACAUGGUUAUGGGAAAGUGAUGAAUAUCCGUCUGACGACGUUAUAAAAUGGGACACAGAACCCGACAAUAGUGACGAUGAAGAUUGUGGUGCCAUCAACAUUCAGGCAACGUUUAGUGAUCAAAAAUGUUCAGUUAAAUUCCCAUAUAUUUGUGAAUCCGAUUAUAAAGAUGAUGUCGGUUGUCCCCCAUUCUGGUUGCAAGGGCAGCAAGAUUGUUUCUACGUCAGCAAUAGUUCAGAUCCAUCUCAGGUGGCAACAUGGGCGCAAGCAAAAAAGAAUUGUUCUGGAAUAAAUUUUUUUGGUGAUGCUUCUGUUUACACUCAUUUGCUAACAUUUGACGUUGAGGGAGACACCGAUUUUCUGAGUAAGUCGUUACCUCAAUGGCAGAAAACAACAACGUUAUUCUGGACUGGUUUAAAUGAUAUCGCCCAGGAAGGAAAGUGGGCUUGGGAUUCGAAAGUAGCUUUUGAUCCUUCUUUAGUAAAAUGGACGCAGGAACCAAAUCACCUUGCUGGUGAAGAGCACUGUGCAGUUAUAACAAAAGAAGGGACAUUCGCUGAUAGAAACUGUAACUCCGCACGUAAUUUUGUUUGUAGAAAACCACAGGAUUUCAUGACAGACACGUCUGAUCUGGGUUGUGGUGAAUGGACAAGAGCCGGACAUAAAUGUUAUAAAUUUUACAGUAAACCGAAGUCGACAUGGAUAGUCGCGAGACAAACCUGUCAGAAGCUUGGUGGGGAUUUAAUGAAAUUGGAGUCCCUUGAUGAAACUAGGUAUCUGUCUAUGAUAUCAGAAACACCGAAAAUGGCGAGUGGCCUUUACUGGAUUGGGUUGAAUGAUCAAUCAAAGGAAGGUACUUUCGUCUGGGCGGACGGUUCGUCUGCGGAUUCCUCUUUUCUGAAAUGGUCCCACAGUCCCCUGAAUGUAUUAGCAAAUCAACAUUGUGCUGCUUUGACGAAGGACGUAACUAUAACAGAUAAACCAUGUAGCGAUUUUCAAUUGGGAUAUAUUUGUGAAAAACCAAUGGAUGACAAUGAGAAUUGUCCAGAUCAAUGGACUUUGUACAAUUAUAAUUGUUACUAUAUAUCUGGGGACCUGGCUGAUCAAGUCACAGGUACCAGUAUCUGUAAGAGAAAACAUGGUAAAUUACUGGCUGUUAAUGAUAAAGACGAACUGCAAUAUAUUGCUACCCAAAUACAAGGUGUUACCACGUGGCCUAACAUGUGGUGGAUUGGAUUAUCUGAUCAGGAGAUUGGUGGAUCGUGGGUAUAUCCUAAUGAAGAUGACAACUGGCCAGGAAUGGACGGUUUGAUUCCAUGGAAUCAAGAACCCAACAGUUAUGGUGGUAGAGAUGAAGAUUGUGUAUCUGUGACCUACAGUGGUACUUUAAAUGAUGCCAUGUGUACAUCUCAAAGAGGAUUUGUCUGUGAAAAAAGAUCAACAGGUUCAACACUUGAAUUUUCAAGAUGGUUAUAUUUUAUUACUUUCACCUCAUUAUGUAUUAUAUUUAAAACUAACCCUUUAUAGUACAUUCAUAAAUAUACCUAUUGCAUUGACAAAGAACUUGUACAUUUUUAUGUGUAUCCCUUUCUUUAAAUACCCAAUAGACAUCGUGUUAAUUCAUCCACAGUAAUGUAAUGCAAGAUAAAGAGUAUUGAAAAUUAUCGUACCAAACCUUCAUGUUUCAAUUUAAAGAUGCAUUAUGUAAGAGCGAAAUCUGCCUAUUACAGAUAUUUUGAUGGCUUCGUGUUAUAUAUAUUAUUUUAGAUAUGUUAUUUUUAGACACUUAUGCGCAUAUGGUGGCAGUAAUAUUAAUUGGAUUCAAAGAUCUGCGUUAAAAUUAAUAAUCGAGACUUUGUUUAUUAUCAUAGCAACAGUACUUGGCAAUUUUGUAAAAACCUCAAAGACUCCUACUAAAUUAAAACGUUCUAACCUUGCAUUGAUACAUCACAGUAUAAUUCGAAACCUGACGAUGUUAGACAAUUAAGAGUAAGCAUAAGUCUACAUUAAAUGACGGGAUUCCUGAAACAUGGGGAAGUAUUCGGUUUUAGUUUUCAAGAAAUGCAGUUGCAUGUUUAUUUCUUCGGCGCUGGUUAUAUUUUUUCUAAAUAUUUCGAAACCCUUUUGAUUUAGAACAAGUAAAGGCGAUAUAGAUAACUUGGUGUAAUCGAUCGCUUCUUUGAAAGAUGGGAAUUGAUAACCAAUGUACAUAAUCAUUAUAAUAAAAUA